UGUGUAUUUGUGUGGGACUGUUGAGGUGAUAAUCAGUUGUGGCAGGAGGGACUUUCUUGUCCCUGUUGUUGUGCCGCGUGGAGCUGCCCCGGGCAGGGAUUCCCAGUUGGUCCCCUUAUACUCACCCCCCUUCUGCCGUCCCCUGAGCCCACCUCUUCUGUUAUUCCCUCUUAAACUUCCCUCAGUCAACCUCCUGUUUCCAUUUGCAGAGGCUCUGAUCUGAUUUUCCCAUCUUUUGACACUUGAGAGAAAAGGGGAAGUGAAGGAAAGUCUUUUAAGAGUACAUUGCGUAGUUUAAAGGGAGCCGGAGAGAAGAGGCUAAAAGGCGCUUUGCUGCCUUUGCUGCUGUCGAUCAGGAGUAGCUGAGUGGAAGAGCCCCUGCUGAAGUGCUCAGCAGCCGGUCUUUUCCCUCCUGCUGGCCUUUCUGUCAUCUGUCUAUGCAGUAAGGGGAGAGAAACCCACAGCAGGCUAGAGAAAGUUGACUCAUCAGGAUUUGCUGUCUUUGGACUGUGGUAGUUAUUUUUGAGGGGGGUGUUUGGGGAAGUUAGGGGUGUAAAAGCUGCAGGUGGUGCUAGGGAGUUUGUUUUGCCAUGCAGCAAGCUUGGGAUCGAACAAGUAGCUCUGAGAGUGUCAUGAGAGGCCAUACAAAAAUGCUGGGAAAAGGACAAAGUGGCGGAUACCCCCCCGAGGCAACGAGUGAACUCUUGCAGAGGGAUUUGGGUGAUGGCAUUCAUGAAUACACUCUAACCUCCAAAAGUAGCUGUGGUGGUGAGAACAUCAGUGCGGUGCCUGUGGACAGCGCUGAUAAGAAGAGCCUCCAGGUAGGGGCAGGCGGUGUGCAGGCGGGGCUUCAGCAGCAGAACCAGCAGCUCCUCCUGACCCCAGCCAGCCUCCAGCUCGCUCAGCUCCAGGCCCAGCUUACCCUCCAUCGCCUGAAACUGGCUCAGGGGGGCAAUACCGCCUCUGUUCUCAAUCAGGUUCUUUCCAAUGUCGCCAUGUCUCAACCCCUGUUCAAUCAGCUACGGAAUACUAUGGUUGGGAACCCUCAAGGUGCCUUCCCCACGGGUGUGCUAGGUUUUUCCUCUUCAAAUUCAGCCUUGGGUGCCUUGGUUGGCGGGGGAUUCAACCAAAACCAAGGGAAUGUGAGACUGAACCAUCCUGGUGGAGGGGGCACAGUGGGCCAACAGGGUGCGGAGUAUGGUAAAACAUCAGGGUCAACUUACCCUUCUGAUACUGACAGGCGUGUUCAGUACAACUUAGUUGGGGGGACAUCUGCAGCGUCAGCCACUGCUGGUGAUGGACAAUACACAGUGAUUAACACUCAGGCAAAAAACAUGAACAAUGUUGGUUUUCAGAGAGAUUUCUAUGGGCAUGAUAUGCAGGGACAACAAGCUGGGUUUAGUGUCAAUGAGCAGAACAUGAAUGUUUAUAACUCCACCGGGCAUAAGGAGCAAUGGAAAGGCCCCACUACCUUGAGUCACGCUGGAAAGAUGGAUACGGUUUCUAAUGCUGCCAAUGUGUGGACAGCAGCUGGGCAGCCACUUCGGUCCAGAACGGAACUGUAUAACCCGGAGGAGCCAACCCCUGACCCCAAGUUCAAUCCCAUUAGUGGGGUUUCCUCUUUUGCUUCAAGUGGCACGCAGGGGUUUGGGGGCUACCAGCCCUUGCAUGGAAGUGAGGAAACACUAUCUUCAGGUACCAGGACACUUCAGGCUUACCAAGUCAAUGAUUACCACGCAGUCACACCCACUCAACUGCCACACCAGUGUAGCAUCUGUGACAAGAAGGUCUACAACCUCAAGGACUGGGACCAGCACGUGAAGGGAAAACUACACUUGCAGAACCGAACCUUGUACACAAAUGAAAGCUCCGCGGUGGUAUCGGCUGGAGCUGUUCACUACGCUGUCGGUAGGCCUUCUGAUGGAAGUCUGAACCCCGCAGGGACGAACUCCAUGGUCUACUCCGCUGCAAGUCAAGAUGCAGGAGCCAAUGCAUCAUACUUGCCACCUGCAGCCAUGAAGACUUAUCCCACGUCAGAUACAGGAUUCGCCUCACACCAGCCAGAGUCAAAGCCAUUUCCACCCAGAAAGGCCACAGCAGGGCGAGUCGUUCACAUCUGCAACCUCCCCGAAGGCAGCUGCACAGAGAAUGAUGUCAUCAACCUGGGACUACCCUUUGGCAAAGUCACCAACUACAUCCUCAUGCGCUCCACCCACCAGGCAUUUCUGGAGAUGGCGUAUGUUGAAGCAGCCCAGGCCAUGGUUCAAUAUUACCAACUCACUCCAGCUAUGAUUAACAGUCAGAAACUUCUCAUACGAAUGUCUAAGAGGUACAAGGAGCUGCAGCUCAAGAAACCAGGUAAAGAUCUUCAAUUGAUCAUCCAUGAUAUCGCCUCUCAGCGUGAAAGGGAUGAGAUGCAAGAACAUGAACACUACAUGCCAGAGAGAGCUCGCUCCCGCAGCCCUAUCAGCCGCUCCCUGAGCCCUCAUUCCCACAGCCCCAGUUUCACAUCAUGCAGCUCAGCACACAGCCCCCAGGGGGCUUCAUGCAGGGGUCCGGAGAGAGGCAGCAAUGGCCAGGGCCCCCGUCGGGGCUCUUGGGAUUGGUCAUCACACUCAAGAAGGGGUGAGGACGAAAGGGAGAGGGGUGACCUGUGGAAGAAUGGGAGCAGUGUGGAUGACGAUCGGCCAAAUGGACGGGCAGCUGACCGUCGGAAGGCUUACCAGAAACCCUUGGAUCAUAUCAGCUCGAGAUCUGCAGAUGAACGAGGAGGAGGAGGAGGAGGUGAAGGGAUGAGGGGCAACAGAGACUGGCACCCACGAGGCAGCCCUCAAGGCAUGUCCUUCAACUCUUACAGGAACAUGGAGGACGACUUCUACAUGAAGGAACAAAUGUACAAGUCAGACAAGCCGCCCAGACCUCCACACCAAAGGCAUGAUACAAAGCCAAAGAGGAGGGAUGGCGGCGACUACCACGGUAGACCGAGGCAUUCUGAGUUUGAGAUAACUGAGGAGCCACUUCGCAGGACACUAGACGAUAAAAGGCAGGGUUCACCGGGCAGGGACAGGAGCAAAAAGACGAGCAAGAGGCAAAUCACUGCAGAAAAACAUGAGAAAGAAAAUGCUACUGAAAAUACUGAGCGCCGGUCAAAAGAAAAAUCUGUUUCACCUCAGCAAAGCAAUGUGCCUAAAGAGUCUACUGAAUGUAGUAAAGAAAGAGAGACUGUGAAGCAGUGGGAAAGUGGAGAUGACACUGAUGAAGAGUGUUGGUAUCCUAAGAACAUGGAGGAACUGGUCACCGUAGAUGAAGUGGGAGGAGAAGAUGAUUCCAUAAUAGAGCCAGACCUUUCUGAGCUGGAAGAGUAUGUAUCCUGCCCCAAACAGUCUGCAGAGAAAGAAGCAGCAGAGGAGCAUAUAUUACCACCUACCUCCUCCUCCUCAGCGCUGCAGGAGAAAUCUGAUGAGAAGUCUAACCUGGAAAAGUUGGGUGAGGAUGCUGGAGACCAGGCAGAAAUGUCUGUAAAUGAGAAACCAGGGAAUGUUUUCACUGCAACCGGUCCUGAAGACCAGACACUCAGUCCAGCAGCUCCUGAGCUACCAAUCACUAACCUUAGCAACUUCCCCAGUGAGGAGUUCAAGGCUGCACUGGAGGACACAUGUUUAGAGGAUAAAGUAACCAAAAGUGGGCCAUCAGAUGAGCUAAUGGAAAAUCACAUUCACGUAUCAGAGGACAGCAAAUCCCUGGAAGUAGGGCAGGUCACGGAAACAAUCAAUGAUGGGGUUCAACACAAGGAUGGCAUUCUUAAAAAAGAGAUUGAGGCGCCCUCGCCAUCCCACGAGCAAGACAAAGCUCUCAGUGAACACAGCAUCCCUUUGGGAGUGGAGUUCAUCGUGCCGAGGACCGGCUUCUACUGUAAACUCUGCGGACUGUUCUACAACAGCGAGGAGAUGGCGAAGACCACUCACUGCCGCAGCACCGUACACUACAGGAACCUACAGAAGUACCUGUCCCAUCUGGCAGAGGAGAGUAUGUCGGGGGUACUUGCUGAACCCUCAGCUGCCCAGUGACACCAGCUUGACCUCUCACGACUCGUAAAGCAAACUCAGAAGAAAGAUUUAUGUAUGUGUACUGUUGGUGCAAGGCUAUGGAUUACUACAGCAUGGAUUAUGUGACACAUGGAAGCUAGAGUAUGUGGACAAUUGCACUGGUUUUGAUAUUUUGGGAGAGGGAAUGUUUGGAAGUCUUGAAUACAAUCCCAGUCAUAAGUUUCUCAAUGUUGUACAUAGCUGAGGCUACAAUAUUUAAUUGCAACUUCUUUUUUUGGGGUUUAUCAAUUUUCUUACAGUUUAUUAUUUCAUUGGAUUGUGUGUGAUAAAAUAUAUUUAUUAUUUUUAUGCCUCCCCGUCCGUACGUCCCAUUCUCGCGAACAUGAUAUCUCAGGAACGCCUUGAGGGAAUUUCUCCAAAUUUGGCACAAACGUCCACCUGGACUCAAGGAUGAACUGAAUAGAAUUUGGUAGUCAAAGGUCACUGUGACCUCAGAAAACACGUUUUUGGCCAUAACUCAAAAAUUUCAUAUGCUAAUUAUGACAAUUUCACACAACUGUCUAACAGGAUAAAAUUACGUAGUGAUGACAUUUUGGACAGACAUGGAUGUAAACUGCAAUGUGACUGUUAGGCGGAAGCAUACAACGGCGAGGUGGUACUUCUAGUUUUGGAAUGGAAAUAUAUUUGCAACAAUGUCUAAUUACUGAGAAGACACAUUUUUACAGUAUGGGCUUAUGUUGCAACAAUGAUAUAUUAACAGCUGCAAAAUGACUUGAAAUAUGUGCCAUGGAAUGUUUUUACUCAGUUAAAAAACUGAGGCAGAUUCUCAGGUUUGUUGUAUUUAAUAGAUUUCAGUGUAUAGCUUAUUACACAACAUUGCAUUUUUAUUUAUAUGUGGGUUUUUUUUGCUGUUUUUCUUUAAUCUUGUGCCAGUUUGUGCACGACGAUAUCUGUCUGUCAGGUAAAAAUGUAAAUCAUUUGGAUUGAUAAUGAUGCAACUAUGAAAAAGUUAUUUAUUUUCUUGAAGUUUUAUGUUGGAUUGAAUUAAUAAAACAAUCUCAGUCAUAUUUGCCGACAUUUGUAAUGCCUUAAAUAUUGAAGACCUUAAACUGGACCAUGUGUUUAAUUUAUCAGAGUUAAUCAUGCAGUGUUUCCUGUUACAGUGAUUUGUUCAGAGGGAUUAUCAAGCCAGACUCUGUUUUUGUAUACUGUGAAUACUGAUCCUGUGACAUCAACGAUAGUGUUGCUUUCUUUGACAAACUUUUCAUAUGAUUUUUGAUGCAAACAAACGUGAAUAAACAUUUUAAACUUGU